AUGGUUAAAAUUGAAGAGUUAAAUCGGAAGAGGAGUUCGGCGAAGAAAAAGUUCGACCACGAAGUAAAAAGCUUCGAAUUUGUGCUAGAAGCUCGCCCGGAAAUACAUAGUCUUGAAGAGGCUUUUGGCGAAGUCAAGGUAAAAUAUAAAGCUGUAAGAGAAAUACAUGAUGGAAUUACCGACUUAAUGGUCGAAGCUGACAUUGAGGAAGCCGAUUUUACAAACCAUGAUAUUUUUGUUACGGAACUCAUUGCAAAGUAUGGCGAUUUACUCUCAAAGUUAGAACAAUAUCGACGAAAAUGUGAAGUAGAUCAAACAUCAAAGGGACUAGUACCGACUGAAAUGGAACCCAAACAACAAAGGUCUAAUCCGGAGAGAAUCAAGGUACCACAAUUUUCUGGAAACAUUAAAAUUUAUCGAACAUGGAAAAGAAUUUUCGAGGACACUACGAAGAGAAAUUAUGAAAAUGAACGAAGUCAACUUGCAAGAUUGAUUGAAGCUAUCCAACACCCACUGAGAUAUGAAAUUGAAUGUUUUACUACAACUAAAGCGAUAUGGGAAUUUCUCGACAAGUUAUUUGGAGACGACAAAGAGUUGAUUAAAAUUUUGAUGAAUGAUAUCAAAACAAUGAAACCCUUGAAGGUCAAAGAUGCAAAGUCGAUUCGGAAUUUGGUCGCAAUGGAGGAUGUUGGAGCAUCUGACGAAACCAAAAGUAGAUAUGUGUUUGCUGAUAUUCUGGCGAAAUUGACGGUAGAAGAUCAAAGAGCUUACGCACGGAGUAUGAUUGAUACAAAGAAGAUUGAAAGCCUGCAUACCUUGUUGGAAUACCUAGAAGAAGAGGCAAAAAUAAUGGCAAGUAGUCAAUCGGAUCAACGCUCUUCAAAAAUUGGGAUUUAUCCAGUUAAUGUGGACGGUGGUUACAAUGGUGGUUACAAUUGUGGUUUGGGUUGUUCCCAACAACAUGGUUUAGGUUAUUGUCCAGCAUUUAAGAAGAUGAAAGUGAAGGAAAAUUGGGAAGUGGUGAUUCAGUCCAAGAGAUGUAAGAAAUGUCUGCGAACUGGACACCGACAGUGUUCGCGAAAGGCAUGUGAUAUCAACAGUUGUGAAAGACCACAUCAUUACCUAUUGCAUAAAGAUCCAAAACAAGUGGACAAUCGCAAUCUGAACCCUGAUGCACAACCAUUCAAACCAGAUCAGGAUGAAGCUACAGGCACAGGAAAGUCCAAUCAGAUUGGUGCUAUGGGAACUCUAUUGAGGGACUUGCCAUGGUUGAUAGUGGUUCUAAUAAGAGUCUCAUUCGGAAAGAGUUUGCGGAGAAGCUCGGUGUGGUCGGAGAAUCAAAAAAGAUGAAGAUGUAUGUUGCAGGCGGUGGAAUUAGAGUUGAAGAUUCUGCUGAGUUUGAUUUAAAGAUAUCGCCCUGUUAUGAUGAAGAUAUUGUAUUCAAUGUGAGAGCUUAUUCAGUCAAGCAACCACGCCAAGCAGCCAAAACUAUUUCAAAGAAAGCGGUAGUCAGAUUUCCUCACCUUGUUCGAAUUGUAGAAGAUCUACAUUUAAAUGGCGGUCCAGUGGACAUUCUAUUGGGAACAGAUCUACCGGAAGCCCAUCGUGAUUUUAAAGUUCUGGCGGGUAACCCUGGUGAACCGAUUGCAAAGAAGAACAUCUUUGGCUGGUCAGUCCUUGGUAAUCUUGAAGAGAAUAGUACACCUGGAAUUUUUGCUGUCGAAACCAUUGACGACAUAACAAAGGACCAGGACAUAAAGAAAUUGACUUUCCAAGAUCAAUUAGGAAUCAAACCAACUGGUCACUGUACAUGCUCUGAGAAGGAAAUGCGAGAAUGUGCAUUUAUUCGACAUGUUCGGGAGUCUACUAGAGUUUUGGAUGAUGGAAGAAUUGAAGUAAGAAUGCCUUGGAAACCAGGACAUCCCAAUCUACCUAACAACCGGUCUAUCGCCUUCGAACGAAUGGUGUCGAAAGAAAGGCAGCUGGUAAAGAAAGGAAAGUUGGAGGCGUUUAACAAGGAAGUAAAAGCUUUGGUCGACAGGGAAGUGGUCAUUAACCUGAAACAAGAGGAAGUAGACCCAGCAGAGCCGGCUUGGUAUCUACCGAUUGGAGAAGUGGAAAGUCCCGACAAGACUACCAAGUGCAGAUUAGUUUUCGAUGCAGCAGCCAAAAUGGACGGACUUUCCCUCGAUGAUGCUCUUGAAAAAGGACCAUGUCUUAUGAAUUCCUUAUUUGAUGUGUUGAUUGGCUGGAGACAGAAUGGAGUCACCUUUGCUGGAGACGACUCGAAGAUGUUUAAUGAGAUAGCUAUCCAUCCGGAUGAUCAGAAAUACCACAGAUUCUUGUGGAGAGACGGAGAAACUGACAGAGAGCCUGCCAUGAAUGCCAUUAAUCUUCUCGCUGAUAGAGCUCAAGUCAAAUCACCAGAAGUAGCAAGAAUCCUAAAGGAUAAUACUUAUGUUGAUGACGUUGCGGGGCCGGAGACAUCACCAGAGAAAGUCAAGAAAGUGGUCGAUGGUAUCGAUACCAUUUUGGGGAAAAGCAAGUUUGCCAUCAAAGCGUGGCACAGCAACAGCCCAGAGAUUGAUCAAGAUGGCAACGAGAAUCCGGCGAAUCUACUGGGUCAUCAAUGGAACAUGAAAACUGAUAGCAUUGCUUUGAAGAGCGAGACAGUGUAUACAGAUUUCAGUUAUUGUACGAAACGAAAGGCUCUUGGUGUGGUGUCUCAACUGUGGGAUCUGCUAGGACUGAUGGCGCCAGUUACAAUUCGGUUUCGAAUUGAUCUCCAAAAUCUAUAUCAGUGGGAUGAGUUAUUGCCACCUGAAGAAAAGUUAAAAUGGCAAAAAAAUGUCGGAGUUGGUGAUCUUGUAUUAGAAAUCGAUGGGAAUCGCAAGAGAG